CUUCCAUACAUGACUCCCUUUUAACUUGGUAUCAGAGCAGUACCAUCCUGGGCUACUUCUUUACGAUAAAUACGACACUAUGGCUGGAGAAACAGGCGGAAGUGACGAAAACCGGAACCACGCACGACGACGACGAAUCAACGAUGCUCCCAUGCAUAAACCGAGUUUUACCGAUGAAGAGUGGCGGAGUCUACUGCAAAUGAUGGAGAAAUGUAAGGCAGGGACUUCCGAGGAAAAACUCUCAAGUACGAAAACUAAUAAUGCAUGGCUCCUAGACUCCGGUGCAUCAUACCACAUGACGGGGAAUAAACAACUUCUGAAGAAGACGACCUACUUUCGAGGACACCGAUUGGAGUGGGUGAUCGACGCGGGGGAGUUUAUUAUUUCCGGAGUCUUGAUCAUGCUGAAGCACACGCAGUGGAAACGUCGGACUCAGGUGACUUGUGGCACUCUCGGUUGGGACAUCCAUCAGUGAAAGUUUUACGUUCAAUUAAUUAUUUGAAUAAAACAUUGUUGAAGUCUACUCAAAGUAAAGUUUGUGAUGCUUGUUUACGUGGAAAACAAACUCGUGACGUUUUUGAUAUUAGUAGUGCACGUGCUGUUGAACCAUUUGAAUUGAU